AUGAAUAUCGGAGAGACUAUGUGUGCUACGGCACCGCCGAGCGGUUCUAUGUACAUGCAGCUUCCUGGGGGCCAGCAUCCCAUGCAAGUGUCGCAGUCGUCUGGACAGCCCUACUCUAUGUCAGUGCUGCCGGGGGCGAACUCAGGAACCGGUAUGCCUCCGAUCGUCUGGGUUCCUAUGGCCCUAGUCCCUGUCGAUAGCCGACUAUGUCCGGUCAACGGAGCAACUACUCCUGGUCCCCAGACAACGCCGUCCGCAUCCACAAGCCAUUAUCCGUUCGUCUUCCCGAACGUAGCGCCCCACUCGCCAGCAGUAGCUGCCAGCUCGCACGACCCGUCGUCGCAGCAUUCCGCCGGCGGCAUGCCUGCGCCGUUGACAACCCCUCCUUCGCAGCAGGUUACUCCAGGGACGGCCCAUUGGCUUACUGACAAGCAUCACUCUGCCGUGCCGAGGCACAUUCCCACCAAUGAUGUCAGUUGUUCCGGUGAAGUUCCAGGAAGCUUAUCUACACCGUGCGGCCAUGCACACGUACCUAUUUCCGGGCAGCCCUACUCCGGCCAUCGAGCACAGCCAAAACCCAUGACGUCAUACAACCGUGCCCCGAGCCCGGCACCAGUGCUGGCCACGAGCACCGGUCAUUCCUCACACGACGGAGAUCAUCCAUUGUCGCCGACUAAUGUCCAGUCUGUAUCAAUGGCUGCUGACGGCUGUCCCCUAGCGGGCCACACAACAGCUGCAACUAACAACUAUAGCGACAUGACAAGCAUGGGACUGGUAGAACAAGAGACAACACAGGAAGAGGCUGAAGCCAUUGGCGAGCCUGAAACAGAGGGCACCGACCUACAGGGGCAACAAAGCACCGCAUCUCCAGCUGCGGACACCUCCACAGAACAAAGUGAGCCGGCGACAACUGCGGAGAACCCGGAUGACACAACAAGCCAACAGCAAGGAGUGGGCGAUAAUGCCAGCGUCCAUCCAGCGUCCCCCGGGUCACCAGAACAGCGAACCGAACAAACCUCCAUCAGAGAGAAUUAUGUUGUCCUUCCGCCAGUGUUUGACUCUGAGGAAGAGCGAUUACGCUCGUGCCCCAGUGGAUAUAUGCUGCGCCAGUCGCUCAAGUCGCCGACUCCAAUGCCCCACGAGCUCUCACCAUACCCGUCGCCAUACGCUUCGGCGUUCAGCAGCCGGCUCACGAGACGACGCACUAUCGGCACCACAAAGGCCACCGUGACUACUCCGCCUGGCGGCCCAGUGUCGCCCGCCACUCCCAACUCCGACCAAAUGUUGUUUCGCUGCCCGGUGUGUGAUCUGCUCUUCAAGAAGGAGGAGGCUUGUCGAUUCCACAUCAGCAAGCACUCGAAGAGCAAGCUUGCCAAAGCCGCUGGACCAGCUCCACCUCCAGCUGGACCAGCUCCACCUCCCGCUGGACCGACUCCACCUCCAGGUGGUCUGCAGACUCUGAAACGAUCACCCAGAGCGAAAACGACCAAGUAA